UGUAUGGUCCGGUUAAUUUUUUGUUGAUCGACCUGCUGCAGACCAAACGUGAAGUUGUGAUGCAGAUUUCAAGUUCGUAGAGUACUGCAGAAGAGGUAUUUAGGAGUUUUAUCUUCCUGAAAAGCACAACAGAGAUGUGGGAAUCAAUAAAGAACUUUUUGAGACGGCACAAGCGGAAAUUUGUCGUAACAGGCGUCGUGGUUGGAGGUGCUGUAUUACUUUGGAAGUAUGGAGAAUGGAAGUUGCAGCAGUGGAGAGAUCGAGAGACUGAGGAAUGUCUAGCCAUGGCAAGGAGACAGCAUCACUUUGAUAGCAAUCAACGCACCUGCAACAUGACGGUGCUGUCCAUGCUUCCUAAGCUGAAAGACGCAAUCAGACACAUGUUGGAUUCGGAAAGGAUCAUUCAGGGCUUGAAUCACAAGCCAGAGAACAAAGUUGAUCUGUGGAAUGAACUGAAGAUUGUCAGCUUCUGCCGCACAAUAUCGUCGGUCUACAGUACAGCAAUGCUGGUCAUUUUCCUCAGAGUUCAACUCAACAUCAUCGGCGGUUACAUGUAUCUGGAUACCGUACCUGAGAAAAACGGAGUGAACAAAGACAGAGCACUAGCAACACCAGAGGUUCAGCAAAGAUAUCUGUCCAACGUACAAUACCUUCUGACUGAUGGUAUGUCCUGUUUGGUGUCUGCAGUCAAGGAAGCUGUCAUGAAUGUCCUUGCCAGUAUGCCGUUGCAAAAGAAGCUAGGCUUGCGAGACAUUGAGAGGCUGAUCAGCAGUAUACGAUGCCAGGUUGAGGCAGCAAAACUUGACGAACAAGGCUCUGGAAUCGAAUGCACCAUUCAUCCAUUGGUUAGGUACAUGGUGCCCAUCGAGGAGGAAGAUGAUCCAGGUCUAGACUCUGCCUGUCAGAUCUUAGAAGAGCAACUCAUCAUGAGCAAACUCAUGCUGGAGACCAGAGAUAUGCUGGAGAGCUCGGAUUUCCAUAGCGUUCUCAACACAUGCCUUGAUAUUGGAUUCAGCCGAGUCCUCGACAACAUGGCCAAUUUCUUCAGACCCAAUACAGAGUCUGACAUGCAGUCAUUAGCGUCUGGACCAAACUGUGUGCAACUUCCCCUUGCUAAAAUCAUUCCAGUCAUCAAUAGCCAAAUCAACACGAUAUGUGGCGACACACCCAACCCCUACAUACAGGAACUUCUGCUGAUGAAAUGUGUCAAGGAUUUUGCUGCCAAUGUCUACGAAGCUUUUAGUCAGAUACCUCCGGAUCCAACCCACGACCCUUGAAUAUCAACUCUUAAAACUAGUCUGUGUUUGCACUCACACAAGUUGAACCCCUAGGGCCGUCCAAGCAUUGUCGACUGCAAUUUAAACCAAAUUUUAACCAAAUUUGAAACAAAUUUACAGUGUUCUUGUCAAGUACUUUUUACCGAGUACCGAGAACUGCCAAAUACUUAAGGUUACCUAAGUACUGGUCUCUGAGUACGAGUACUUUUACUUCCGAGUACGAGUUUGAGUACAAGUACUUGUACUUCUGAGUUAGAGUACGAGU